AUGCACAAACAACAAUUACAUAAUUUACAACAAAUGCAAUUACAAAAUCAAUUCCAAUAUCAAAAUUAUAACCCUUACUUAACUAUGAGUAAGACUUCUGAUAAUACUUUAAAUCAAUUAAAUAUUUCUAGAACUAUCAUAAUAAAGAACAUAAACCCUUCAUUAUCAUUACAACAAUUGUUGGAUAAUGUUGAUUUUGGACCUAUUGAAUAUUUAAAGUUAUUUUCCAAGGAUAAAUCCAAUGAAAGUUAUAAAUUUUGUUAUAUUUCAUUCAUAAAUUCUACCAUUUCCAUUAAUUUCUUCCUUAAAUAUAAUAAUUUAAGUAAUCUUAAUGAUUUGAAAACAAAAUUAUCUUCAGAUAAUUUGAAAAUUAGUUUAAAUGAUAGUAAAAAUGUUAAAGAUUUCAUAAAAUUGAAGACUUUAAACUAUAUAAAUGAUUUUAAUGCUACCAGAAGUUUACAAUUGAAUUAUGAAGUAUUUGAUAAUAUCGAUAGUAAACGAGAACUCGGAAUGGUAUUGGAUAAUUAUUGUUCUAAAUCAAAUGUUGAAUAUGAGAAAGUAUGUUUCAAUGAAAAUUCCGUACAAAUUCAUUUCACUUCAAUUGAUUCAAGUAUAAGAAUAUUUGAAAUGUUCCAAAAAACUGUUCAAUUGAGUAAUCAAAAAUUGGUUAAUGAAGAAGAAUUUGAUGAUAAAUUCCUCAUAAUAAAUGUUGAAUUUAUAAAAGAUAGAUGUGAUAGGACAAUAAUUAAUGAAAAAAUCCCCAGUACAAGAUCAGGUACUCCAGUGGGAGAUAAUGACAAUGAUAUGAUAAAUGAAAGUGUUCGUACAACGUUAUUAGAUGAUUAUAAUCAAUAUCCUAGUAGUGAUAAAUUUGAUGAAAGUGAAGAUGAAGAUGAAGAUGAAAAUGAAGAUUUGGGUUUAGGUUUGGAAGUGAAUAAUUCUUUAGUAGGUACACCAAUAAUGCAAAGAAUGGGGGCUAAUGGUAUACCUUCUGGUAUACCUUCAGGAAUGGCCACUCCUAUAGCUGGUCUUGGAACUCCUGGUAUGGUACCUGCAGGUAUAGUUACUCCUGGCAUAGGUCCAGGAAUGAUCUCUGGUAUGAUGACUCCUGGAAUAGCUACUCCUGUAAUGCCUCCUGUAAUGCCCCCAGUUAUGCCCACUCCUCCAAUGCAUUCUAUGGAUGAAGAUUUCAUUAACUACAGUUAUAAUGAUCCUUAUAAUGUAGGUAAUAGAACCAUUUAUUUAGGUAACUUACAUCCUCAAUCAACCAUUGAAGAAAUAGCCAAUAAUGUCAGAGCUGGUGGAUUAUUGGAAUCUAUUAAAUAUUAUCCUGAAAAGAGACAUUGUUUCAUAACUUUCAUCGAUCCCGGCAUUGCAUUAAAAUUCUAUCUUAAUCAUCAAGUAGUUCAUCAAUUAAUUAUCCAUGGUUAUGAUAUUACUGUUGGAUGGGCUAAGACUCAUUCAGGUCCUUUAAAUCGUGAAAUAUCUUUAGCUGUAACUGCGGGAGCUUCAAGAAAUGUUUAUAUCGGAAUUAAAUUGAAUAAGACCGAGGAGAUUAUUGAAAAACCUAUUUUACCUACAGAAUUAUCUUUAAGGAAAGAUUUUAAAGAAUUUGGUAAUCUAGAACAAAUCAAUUUCUAUCAUAAUGACUGUGCAUUUAUAAAUUUUUGUAAUAUCUUAGAUGCUAUAAGAGUAGUUGAAUUAUUCGAAUUGAAAAAUAUCACAAAAUUGAAUUCAAUCGCUAAAAAUGAUGGAUUUUAUGAUAAAUAUAAAGAAUUUAAAAUAAGUUUUGGUAAAGAUAGAUGUGGUAAUCCACCAAAAUUUUCUUUUAAGAAGAAAUUUGGUAAAGUAAGACAAAAAAUCUAUUUUGAAGAGAAAAAACAAGAAGAAAUUAAUGAUGAAGCAGCUAUGGUAUUUGGUAUUAUUAAAGAUGAAAAGAAUCUUGAUGAAUCUUUAGAAAGUUUACAAGAAUCACCUGAAGAAGAUGAUAUAAUAACAAGAGAAAGAGAAAAAGAAUUGGCUAAAGGUCUUAACAAUCUUAAUAUUCAAGAACCAAAAGAAAAGCCAAAAGAUGAUAAUGAUGAAAAAGAUGAAGAAAAAGAUGAUGAUGAUGAUAUUUCCAUUAUCAUUGGAUCUGAUGAUACCUCAUCAACUACUGCUAAUAAUUCAAAUGAACCAAGAGAGAAGAAGAAAUUUUAUAAUAACCUUGUUAAUUCUUCUGAUCCCUUCAUUCCUUCAUUACCAAGAACUAAAAGAAACAAUUCAAAUGCUUCUUUGGGGAAAUAUAAGAUCCAUCAAUCUCCACAACCUCACCAUUUAGGUAUGCCACCACAAUUCCUGGGUCCAAUACCUCAAACUCCUUAUGUUUAUUAUAAUGGUUAUAGUUAUCCACCUCCACCUCCACAACAACAAUUCCAAUCAUACCAUCCAAUGACGGCUCCUCAACCUCAUUUACAUCAUAGUCAUUCAUUUAAUUCUUUGAAUCAACCUUAUUAUAAUUCUUAUAAUUACCCACCAUCAGGAUUGAAUGUCAAUGAUAAAUCUUUUAGUGGUUCUUCAGUAAUGGCUCAAUAUUUAGCUAAAUCUCAAAAUGAUGGAUUCUUUUAUCAACCCAAUAUAAUCUAUGAUGAUAGAAGAAAAAAAGAUACGUGA